UGAACGCAUCUCCUGUCUUCGAAGACUAUGGUAAACACAAUAUCUGCCCAAGAGUAAGCUUGUUUCCAGAACUGCGACGAGAUUAUUAAACGUGCAAACGAUUGGCAGUAUGAAAUUGUGAGAAUGAUUAUAUUCACGUAUUGUCCACUUGGUGACAGUGUGUUGUGAUUUCCUCGUAAUUUUAUUACCUAAUCGAUCACUUUUUAAGGAUGGACGACUACUACAAAAAAUCUUGACAAAUAUAAGAAAUGAACUAAAGUGAACCAAAUGAACCAAAAAAAAUUUAUUAACUAAUUGAUCACUUUAUAAGGAUGGACGACUAUUGUGCCCCACAGUGGACAGACUUUACGUGCAGUCCGCAAUUGCCAUCCGAUACUUAUUUUGACACGCAUAUAGAAUACGAAGCGCAUGAACCUUUGUUUCAAUUAAAGUCCAAUUUGAAAUCCAAUUUAUCUGUAUUUUACAAGAACGAUAGUAUAGAUAAAUCAUCAAAUAGAGAAACACAUUUCGAUGAUAGUUUAGAACCUGUCAAAAAUGCAAAAGACAACAGAAUAUAUUUUAUACCGCUUGAUAAUAAAAACCAUUCUGCGAAGACAAAGACUGAGAAUAGUCUAAGCAAAGUUACAAAAAACUUGGCGAAAACAGAUUUCGAUGAUAGCUUAGAACCUGUACAAAAUGCGAAAGACAACAUAACAUUUUUUAUACCGCAUGAUAAUAAAAAGCACUCUGCGAAGCCAAAGACUGAGAAUAGUCUGAGCAAAGUUAUGAAAAACUUGACGCUGAAUGAAAAAUCUCAUAAAAUUGAUUGUUCGUGGAACGUGUGGCAAAGACAAUCUAAAAUGUGUAAAGGCAGACGAUCGCAGCCGAAAGUGCUCACGUGUCAAUAUCGCAGGCACAGUGUAGCAAAGAAUCGCAGACGUUCGAGCCAAUUUGUAAGUUUGGCGGAGGCAGUAUCGAAAUUUCAGACUAAUACACCGCAACGGUUUCGCACAAUCAGUAAUAAAAAUUUAAAGCCGGCCUUGGUGCCGAGAAACCCAAUGAAACUGACUCAUCCAAUUUCUCCGUCGCUGAGAAGCAAGCAGAGAACAAGACGUACUAAUAUUUUAAGUAACGAAGAACGUGAAGCCUUGCAACUUGAAGAAAUGAGGAAACAUCAAAUAAAAGCGAACCCUGUACCACUUAACAUUUUGAAAGCUCCAUCCGCUCUAAAGAAAGUAGAAAAGAAGCCAAUUACCGUUGCAGAAGAAUUUCGUUUAACUCAGCCGAAGAAAACUCAUCACGUAUCGGAUUCAGAAAUAAAUACAACGCAACAUUUUAUAAACAAUACCGUAAAAUGUGCGGAGACUUCCGUAUCGUUUAAUAAAAAACCGGAGAAACUAAAGAAUUUACAGAUCCAAGAUAGCAAUAAAAUAAAAGUCGAAUUUCGUGCGAGACCGGUGCCAAAAUUUGUAAAAUCGGCAAAACCGAUCGAGGAGCAAACUGUGAAGAAACGAACAGUAGUUUCGCAUCCGUUUAGUUUCGCUGAAAGGGACAAAUGUCUUGCUCAAAAGAAAGAAGAAUAUGUUAAACAAAUGCAAGAAAACGAUAAAAAGAAACAAAUAUUUCGUGGGAAUCCUGUGCCAAAUUUGAAGGAAGUCAAAAUACCAAAUCUAAAGAAUGCCGCUAAACCAGUUACAACCAAACAAAUGAAACGUUGCAACAAUCAAGAGAAUAAACAGCCGAAUAUUUGCGUUUCUACAAUCGAUACAAACAAGAAACCGACAAAGCAGAAUAUUAUAAGGAAUAUUAAAAAGAAGGAACGCGCUUCUUAA